AGGCGAGGCGAGUUUAGAGAAUCUCCCCGUUGGAUCUCUUCCAUCAGUUCAUCUUUCUCAUCUUCCUCAUCGACUAACCCUCGAACACUCAAGAAGAGAGCGUGUCUGGCACGCGCUCUCUAUUCCUUCUCCCUUCCUCAUUUCUUUCCUUUUCUCCGACAUUACCAUUCUCACUGAUAAGAUUGGAGGCCAAUCUUCAAUUGGUCACCUCCCAUCGCUCCAUAUCUCCGCCUUUCCCUCACCCCUUCUCCUCUGUCCUCCCAAAACUUGUUGAACAUGGAACUUGGUUUCCCACGAGGGCUCGGGCAGAACCAAAACCAGGCGUACGGACACCGUCAGCCGCCAGUCGAGCAAAACUCAAAACCAUCCGAAGGUCAGCUGCCAAACUUCCCGUAUAGCGUCAUGGAUGCGCGGAGCAUCCCACGCACCCUCGGCCCAGCCGCCUCCACUCCCGGCCCCGGUAUACUCGAACAACAGCACCGGCAACAUUCAUCUUCGACCUCAUCGUCAACCACACCCUCAUCUAUACCUCCCACCGGUCGUCCCACUUCGCCUCCCGUGGCUGCCACCGGCACCGCAGCAAUCCACUCCGCCGCCGCGGCCGCGGCCGCGGCCGGCAGCGCCGAAGUUGGCCAGCAGUCGGCCGACUCCCUUGCGCACGGCAACGGCAACGGCAACGGCAACGGCAACGGCAACGGCAACGGUGAAAAUUGGGCCUCGCGGGUCCUGCAGGAGAUGAAGGACUUGAUGCUUCUGCUGAGCCGCGAAGGUCGAGUUCUAUAUGCAUCACCCUCGUGCGUGGAGAUCACGGGUUUCGAAGCCCAGUCGCUCGAGAAAAGCGAUCUGUUCCGCUAUGUUCACGAGGACGACAAGUCCGUUCUCACCCAGGAAUUGAAAGAAUGUAUUCAGACCGGCCGGCUGUUGCGCUGCCAUUUCCGCUUCUGUAAGCCAGAUAGCACCUUCUGUCUGCUCGAGGCGCACGGACAUCCACAUAUCGCUCCCUCGGAUCCCUCGUCGAUGCCCAGUGGUCCUGGUGGUGGCAAUGGUGGUCGAAGCGCCAGCAGCGGCAGCCCCAGUGCGAGCAGCAACGGCAACAACAGCAGUAGUGAUAGUAGCAGUAAUGGUAUCAACAGUGGAUUGGGCUCAAAUGGUCACAGAAGACUUCCACGACCGCUAUCCCCGUCGCCACCGCAGCAGCUGCAGCAGCAGCAGAAACAAACAGAAUGCCGAGGGAUUUUCCUCGUCUGUCGCCCUUACCCGACGCGGGGAGCCCAACUCCUAAACUCCUUCCUUGAGCACAAGAUCGAGAACAUCCGCCUCAACCAGCGCAUCGCGCAACUCAAGGAAGAGGAAGAAGAAGAGCUCAACGCGACACAGCAAUCUUUCAACAGCAGUAAUAGCGGUGCCAGCAACAACAACAACAGAGAUGCCCAUAUUGUCCACACCUCGACCACCACCACCCGCCAAACAUACAUCACGACCACGCAGACCGUCACCCAAUCCACCACCAACCGGGCACCUGCCCGCGACACCCCCUCCACUUCCGGCGAGGACAACGAAUCCUCCGACACGGUCACGAGCAACGCCGACGAUGCGGAUUCGCGCUCGUUCCCCGGCAUGGAGGGCGUCAUGGACCGCCUGCCUGCGGUCGACGACAUGUCGCACAUCGAGGGCAUUGAAGUCAUGACAGGUCUGUACUAUGGAGAGGGCGAACGGUCCCAGGGUCUGAGUACCGGCCAAAAACACGGUCGUUUGGUCCACUACUCGGACAUCGGUGGCGAGUCGUCUGGCAACGAUCCCCAGGCAAACCGAGGAGUCGGGGAUGGGGACCGGAGGAAGCGACUCAAGGGCGAGUAUAUGUGUACGGACUGCGGGACGAGUGAUUCGCCCGAGUGGCGGAAGGGGCCCGAGGGUCCGAAGACGUUGUGUAAUGCUUGUGGAUUACGCUGGGCUAAAAAAGAAAAGAAACGCCAGGAUCCCUGACCAGCAAAAAUCUCUACUCCGUACUCUUCCCCGGUCUUGUCUUUGCAAGGUGGGUGUAAUGGGGGAAAUUUCAAGGGCCAUUGACGCGACGUUUGUCAUGAUUGUUACUGUACUACCUGCAUUAAUUGCCACUUAGGGUUGGACAUUGAGAACCCCCCCUUGCGAGGAUACCCCCUGCUUCUUUCUCUUUUCGUUUCUUGGGAUGUUUCGUUUUUUCUUUUUCCCCUUGGCUUGUGGACUGGUUUGUCUGUGGAUCUUACUGCCAAUGCUUUCGAUUAUGACUUUGUGUCUAUGGUGGCAUGAUAUUAUCCGGGAUAUGUAUAUUCGGACUAAAAUCGAAUGGACUCGAUGUCGCCUCCGGUUCGAA